UUUCAGUGGAACCUACAGUCGGCAAAAUGGUCCGAGAUCUGAAUCGGGUAGCGCAGUGUUCGACGUCGCUGAAGGCUUUGUCCAUCGGCCAUCAGGUAUGGCGUUUAUAAACAAAUCGAAGUGCAGGCGCGUCUAAAUUUGUUAAUAUGAGUGAAAACAAUGCUAUCCCUCCCGAGAUUGUGGAUCUUGAGACCCCAAGUCAAUUGAAGUCCAAUCAUCGACGAUCUACAUUUUUCCGGAGACAUUCAACGCUGCAAAUAAAUGAUGAUGGGCAAUCGAAGAAUGUGUGCAAUAAUGAAAACCCAGAUGCAACAGUGACAAACGGAAUUCAAACCAGGAAUGCAGAUAAUCAUGAAAAUAAUGCAAGCACAGAGCAGCCCUUUGAUUUGGAGAAAUACAUUAACCGACUUGAACAUGAAAGGAGUAUGUGGAAGCAAACACUGCUGGAACGCAAACGACAGUACAAAUCUCUUUUGAAACAAUCAACAAACCAACAGCAGCAUGAACAAGAUCUAGAUUUAAGUGUAUUGUCUGAAAAUGAAAGAACUUUUCUUCUGGUACGUCCUAAUUAUGAACAUAUAUGUGUCAAAGCAAAUAAUUUAUCAACAUUGGCAGCAGAAAUCACAAUAUUAAAUGAUCAUGUGACACAUUUACAUAACCGAUCCAUACUUCGAGCCCAGAAAAAACUUGACAAUCUCACAUCCAAGGUCAUGAAAAUGAUCGAUUAAAUCCUGUUAUGAUUUUUAUAGAGAACAUACUUUGAUUUCCAUCAACAUUUCAAAGGAACUCUUCUGUUUCAUUUGGUUUGAUGUCUAGUGCUAUAUAUUUUUCCAGAACUAACACUAUCUUAGUGCAAUUUAUUCUCACAUACUUUUUAGAAUCAUUGAUAUACCAUAAAAUGGUAGCGUUCAAUACAGCCUGAGAUUUUGCACUAUUAGGGGUUCGCAAAUUUGGUCGUUUAAUAAAAUUAUCAACUAAUGUAAUAUUAUUUCAAUGACUUCUAAUUUAUGUAUAUAACUUAAUUAUAAUUAUGACUGUACAUGAUUCUUAUGUUUUACGAUUUUAUGACAUGUGAACACAUUUGUUGAAUAUGUAUAAGUAGACCAAAAAAAAAAAAAUGAAUAAGAUAAACAAUAUUUCCUGUUUAAUUUUGUGAUUGGAUUAUGAGUUUGAAAAUACUUGGAGCUGUGAAAAUUGAUGGGAGCAACUCAAAUGACGAUAUCACAGUUACAUUAACUAUAAAGUAAAACUACGCGUUGCAAUCACCUAUAAUAACAAAGCAUUGGUUGUUGUUCCCAACAAAAAAAAUGUACAUGAUAUAAUGAUUUUAGGAUAAAUAUCAAUUUGAAAACGCUAUUUACAUUAAUACUCACGUAGAGUAGUAAUAAUAAUUAACAAUAUCAUAUAAAAAUCCAUUGACAUUCACAACCUUCAUCAAAUGGUGAAAUAAAUUUGAUAUAAAUUUUAUUUAUGAAAAA